AUGCAUUCCAAUGGCACUGUCCGGAGACAGUCUUUUCCUUGUCUCUCCACCGCAAUUGGCUUUCCAAUUUUUGUAGGCCACUCCACUCCGGUACAGAUAUUAAUAGAUCGCUUAUGGCCAUCUCUUGGUCCUUCCACUUCUCAAAAGACUCUGCUCGAAAUGGUCUCUCUUCUUAAUACACAGUGGCUUUGUGACCCAUCAAUACAAUGGCUUCCAUUUUUGGCGUGUGAUUGGCGGACAUUACUUGAUGCUGUUAGUUUUCUUUCGCAGGGCGAAUUGUCUGUGCAAAUAAUCAAAUUUUGGAAGUUCGUAGUGGUCGCAUCUAGAGAAAUGAAGGUCAUAUAUGAUGCGAUUUCUUUCAAGGAUCUCUUACAAAUAUUGGUCAAGUCGUACCUAAAGUGUAUUGAAUCUCCGAUUUCGAUGGUUGCAGAACAUCUUCUUGAUUUAUUCGUUAUCUAUCUUAAUAUUUAUUCGGCAUCCGAAUUCCUUGAUCUUGCCCUCGUUGCAUAUUCCCGGUGUUCCGUUCUUUGGGGCUCUUCUGAGAUAUUUAAGGACCUACUUCUAGCCUUUUCAAUGAAAUUCCAACAUCCCGCCACCCCGGUGAAAUUGCAACAGGCUGCUUUUAGGCUGUUGCCUCGAGCGAUUGAACCUACCGAUCGGCGUCUUAUGGAGGCUCUAGCUUUUGGAGAGCAUCCAGAUCUUUGUGCACUAUCACCUUCUCUUUUGAAGGCCUUAGUUUUCGAGUUUUUUCCGGAAACCCUCACCCUCCCACCAUCGCCAUCCUCCUUGCUUUUGGCAUCGUUUUUAUUGCCUCCUCAAAAGAGAGACGGUUCUUUGCACUCUAUCCCAACAUAUCCCAAUGAACGGGAGAUUUUCGCCACAGACGGAGAUAGCGACACCAUUCUGUCUGCAUCUUUUUUUACACCCUUGCUUGCAUGUUCAAAUCGGAUUUAUUUGCCUUCGCUUGCAGAUGUUUUCUACUCGAAAGAAUAUUUUUCAAGGACGCUUUCCAUUCAAAGGGUUGACCUGGCUCAAGAACUUAAGCUUGAGCUUUUGGAUAUAGCCAAACGACUCGCUCCGGCUCCUCCACGUUGGGCAAGGAUGGGCUGCUGGCUCGCUCCUGGCUCUCCGUCGCUCAUGGAAGUUUCUGGGUGUGCACUUGGUGAAUUUCUCCCUGCUUGGAUUUCUCUUUCACUUGAAAUUAUUCUUCCUCCUCUCUCUGAUGUUGUAGAUGAAUGGGAAUCGCUCAAAAAAGGCGAUCUUUUAUUUAUGAUGCAUUUGAAAUCAAGCGUCGAGAUUUUAGCAGUCAAGGCCUGUGAAUUUGAAGGCUUCCUUUCUUCGGAUGGAAGGGUCCUCGAGUCCCUUGGCGGGUUUAAAAGGAAAAGGCUUGCCGAAUCAACAAGCGGCGAGCAUCGCAUUCUUGUCGUCCGGGUGUAUCCAGAAAACGUUGAAGAAGGAAACCAGUUUAAAUUCAACGUUCUCGUUCGCCGAGACCCAAAAUGUGCGCCCUUUAAAUUUUUCUUAAAGGCAUUGAAGCGCCAAGCUGUUAGCGAGAAGAGUAUACCUAUUUUGCAAAAUCAUUUUAGAGAAUUUACACCGGAAGGUAACAUGGAAAUGGCAGUCGCCCCUUCUGCUCUUUCCAUUGCUCUUAAUACUGUGGAUAAGCCUGUUGUGAUUUUAGGACCCCCAGGGUCUGGAAAGACUCGAGCUGCCGCUGAAAUCGCGGUAUCAAUGUACAACCGAGAUGAAAAUGCAAAAAUUCUUCUCAUUACUCACAACCAUGCUACACUUGAUCUUCUUUUAAAACGUCUCGUUGAUAUGGUAGACUUUUCUUUCGAACAUUCCACAGGUUUAUCACUGGUGUCCAUGAGGCCCUCCCAUUUUGUUCGACUGGGGGUAUCUAAUUCUUUUGCUACAGAUUCUUCCUCCCCUCUUACCGCUUCUGGGCGGCUUGCGCUGAUUGAGGAAAGAAGAGUUGAGCUUUUAAAUUUAGUCGAUCAAAUGGCCAAAUCUUUGGGGCUAGAUGCUGCUGACCAUGGAGCAACUUGCGACAGUGCGGAGACCUUUUUCCUGACCCUGCUACCUUUGGAGAUAAAAUCCGAUCCAUAUGUGGUGUCUCUAUUUUCUGAACUACGCCGACUACGUCCUCUUGAAGUGCUGCCAUCUCAGAAUGAGCGAGUAAGAUACCUUUUAGCCCACGAGGCUAGAAUUGUUGCUGCAACAAUUUCUCAAUUGAUCAAAUCUAGUGAGCUGCGAGAUCUUCCUCUCAAAAACUUUUUCACCAUCAUCGUUGACAAUGCUUGUGCAAUUUUAGAUUCAGAACUGUCUCUCAUUGCUUCAUUAUUUGAAAGUCGCCAGCUGAUUUUGAUUGGAGACCAUAUGAUGCUACCUCCUGUCACUCGUUCACCUAUCAUCAGCGAACAUAUUGGCGCUGAACGUUCUCUCUAUGCUAACCUUAUCAGGAGAUAUGAGGGUGGAGCGAUUCCGAUUACCGAUCAAUCGGCAAUAUCCAUUCUUCCUUCCACCCUGCUAGCUACGCCAUUGAAGUUUCGACGGCUUUUGGUUUUGCAGAAAACAAGGGAUGUCGAGCGGCAAACUUCUCAACAUGGUUGGGGCGAAUCUGAACCGAACAUCGAUGAGGCCGAAUAUGCCGUGGCAAUAUUCAAAUACAUGAUCAAAAUUGGUUAUGACCCCAGCUCGAUCUCCAUACUGGCAAUGUAUAAUGGACAGAAGGAUUUGAUUUCGGAUAUCCUGAAACAAAAAUCCACAAUUAUGCCCAAAGAGGUUUCCUCUGUGGAUCAUUAUCAAGGGCUUUCAAACGACUUUAUAAUACUGUCAAUGGUGCGAACCAGGCGACUGGGUCAUACGCAAGAUCUCCGGAGAUGGAUAACCUCAAUCUCAAGAUGCAGACUGGGCUUAUAUGUGUUGGGAAAUUGGAAGCUUUUCAAUGGAGCAGCGCAGGAGGGAAUUGUGGCAUUUGGACCUUCUCUUGAAAUCUUUGCAGAGAAGCCACUAUCUCUUGUGAUAAAACCUCAGGAGGAUGAGAUUACAAUAUCAAAUGCUUUGCAAUUAGACUCCAUAACUCUCCGCACGGGGAACGACCCCCAACCAUCUGCAUCGGAUGACGAUGAGGACGAAGAUGAUUAA